UUGAAUACUGUACAGUAGUUUGGAUUAUUAAAACCUUGACGUAAGAAGUUUCACUUUCUUUUCGUUCUUGCUGCAAUUUUACCAGUAAAGCCUCCCAAUUCGUCGAGUUUCCACUUUGACCUUAGAAAUAUGCAAUGCUCGCUUCGAAAGGGAAAACAGUCACUAAUUCCAACCUACGAUUUGUUGUUAAACUUGAACUGCGUGAUUUCUCUUGAUGCCAUUCACACGGUUUUCCGGAAAUGGGGAAAUGUUAAGACUGUCCAUCGUCCAUUCGAUGACCGCACUUACGUUUUCGUGCGUUAUGAAAAGAAAUCAGAAAUGACUGCAGCGGUAAAGGACUUUCGCGAAAGUGACCUCAGCAAUUUCGUACCUGAAUGGGCCGACGCAACCGUCGAAGAAUUUUGCUCCAAUUCGCAUUUUGAGCAUAUUGUCAGGGAAAUCCCAAGUGAGAUUUGCGAUAAAGACUGGUGGGACUGCUUUCGCAACUACACAGCCGUCCGUGCGGUGGCGCACCUUCCGGAAGUGCGGGCAGGAUUGUGCGAUCUGUUCAUUGCUUUGGAAAAUCAAACUGCCGAGAACACGUUCACGGCACUGCUGACCACGACGCUCAAGUACGGUAGCAAUCUGCUGGAUAUUCUCCAUGGCACAUUCAUACCGCCGGCAUCGCUGCGCGCUCGUUCCAAAAUUCCAUCAGCGCCGAAAACCAGCAAGCCGGACACCGGCUAUUUAUCGCGGCUGCGAAAGCUGCGGGAUUAUCGUUUUGAAGAGGAGACCAAUGCGGAAGUGUUCGAUAAUUAUGUUGCGCCGUGUACGCAGCCGCUGGCCGGAAUUAAAUUCCGAUCGCCUCCCCGCGAAGGCUUUCCGCCCAACGUGCGCAUGCAGGGUAUCAUCAAUCUCAACUUCACCUCGGUCUCCCGCGAAUCAGUGUUGGGCACAUCCUCCAACACAUCACCGAUACGCAGCGGUGAUUUUGAUAAACAAGCCGUUGCACAGGUAAGUAGCAGCGACGAUCAUGACGCGGCAGUUAACCAAAAGACUGCUGAGAACAAUCCACCGAAAGAGCGAAAGGAUCCCAGUGAUAUUUGGUUUACGUGUGGCGACAGUACUGUCGUGCAGGAGUUUGAAAAGGCUGCUCAAGAACUCCCAAUACCUAAUGACAAUAGCAAAAUUGAGCCAGUUGGUGCAGUCAGUGACCAACAAGACAUAAAACAAGACCAUGCAGGAAAAUCGGCCAAUAAUUUGUAUCAGGAUUCCACAAAACCGGCUCAGUGCUUGCGUUUGUACAAGGAUACAGGGUAUCGAAAAUGGCAUCGCGGUGUAACGAAAAUACAGUCGCUAAUCAAAAAAGGAAACUAUACUCCCAUGGCAUGGUUUGGGAACCUUUUUCUGAUUAAUGGAAACACUAAUCUGCCAUUAUAUAAAUUUAACUUCAUGAAGAAAUAUCAGGAGAUAAUUUUGAAAAAUUACGGAAUCUACCAAGAUAUGGCGGACUGUAUGCGGCGAAGCGGGUUUUCUUUUUUGAACCAAAAGAACUGCACCAAUAUCAGCCGGAAUAGCAUCCACAGUAUCCGGCUACGGGAAAAUACCCAGCAGAGCGACAAACGCAGUUCUUUAGGAAAGAUCACUUGCAAGGUUUUCGAAAACAGCAGCAGUAUACCUAACCAUAUGUGGUAUCGGUUAAUGCGGCUGAAAAUUGGCAAUAUGGCCAGUUACUAUAUUCGAAAGCACUCGCAGAAAGAUCUUUCAAAGGAAAAUAAAGAAAAUGAGAUCUGCGUCCAGGAAGGCCGAAGCCAUGGCGCCAUCCAAAAGUAUUCCGAGGUCACGAGGCCACUAGCGGCGAGCAGCUUAUUAGGAGUGUCCGCGCCAGCCGACCGCAACCCUUUGAAAGUUUGUUACAACAAAGCCAAACGAAGCAAAAAGCUGCACUGUAUUAGCUUUUUGGCUAAAACUGAAUUGGGAUCCGGCUCCCAACAAGAAAGAGUGGAUGACCUUUUAAAUGAAAGGGAACAAGCAUAUGAGGACCGGCUAAUUGCCCAAUGGCAAAAUGCAUACAGUUACUAUAAAAUACUGGAAGCUACUGUAGAAAUGACCGAAAUCCCUAUUAACAAACACGCCGCAGUGAAGUCCUGUGAAUUUGACCUCCAAAAAUCUUCGCGACCACGAUCAGCACAAAGACAUCCAGCCGUGAAUCUUGCAAGCAUAUUGCAAAGAAAAGUAUUUGAAGACAUCAGAAGCCAGUGGCAGAAAAACGCCAAUGGUGUACAUGUCCGUUCGCAGAAACAUUGUAGAAGAAGUACGGUCACAUGAAACAAUGGUUUUCCACCCCAGUCACAUGUGAUGUGCAAUGUCUGUUGGAUGCGCGGUGUUCAUGGCAUUCCCUCCAAGUACGUGGUCAGCGAAAUCCAGGCAGAAGGAAAAGACAAAAAAAUAACAAAAUGAAAAAAGGAGCAAAAAAAAUAAAAAGAAAGAACAAAGAGCAGGAAGGAACAGGUCAUCGUCUUAUCUACUGAUGACAAGAUAAAUUUCCCAGCUGGGCUGGACUGUUUUUUAUAUUACUCUUAUAAGUUUCAGUAAGUACGUUUUUCUUGGAUUAUCAUCAUAAUUCAUUCCGCUUUAUCGUAGUAAAUUGUGAUUGUGAGCAAAUUGAAAAGUUAAGAUGGCAGAAUCUAAAAUGAUAAUCUCCACGUUUCCUACGGGUACUUAUGCAGAUAAUAACAGUACUUCACUCUCUCCAGUGUGCUGCACGAAAGAACAUAAAUAUUGCGCAGUC